AGGAGGGGGCGACACUGGGGCCACACAGAGGCGACUCGAGGCCUGGAGGUGCCAUGGCGUCCCGCGUCGCUGGCUGCCUGCGCCUGCUCGUCUGGCUGCUGCUUCUGCGGCCCCAGCUCAACGCAGACCCCGGGGACGGCGUGAUGACCCCCUCCCCAAGUGGGCCGGGGACGACCGUAGGGGCGGAGAAACAGAAAGUAGACCCCCUUCCCAAAGCCUGUGGCCAGAGGAGGAUUGUCGGGGGACAGCCAGCAGCAGAGCGGAAGUGGCCCUGGCAGGUCGGCCUGCUGGCUUCGGGCAAAUUCGUCUGCGGGGGCUCCCUCAUCAGCAGCCGCUGGGUUCUGACUGCAGCCCACUGUAUCUUCGACUUUGCAGAGUACACCGUGAGGCUUGGAGACAUAGACCUGAAAAGUAAAGCCCCAACAGUCGUGGAAGUUCCAGCCAAAGACAUUGUUAUGCACCAAACUUACACUCGCGUUGGAGGAGUCUUUGACGACGUCGCCCUGGUGCUGCUGUCCAUCCCUGUGAAUUACUCCACACACAUCCAGCCCGUGUGUCUUCCCAUCAGGACCUUCCAGUUACAAGUUGGUACAGAGUGCUGGGUGACCGGAUGGGGCAAAAGAUCUGAAAAUGAACCAAAAGCAAAUGCCACGCAUUUGCUUCAGGAGGUAAAUGUGAACAUAGUUGAACAUAACAAAUGUAACGAGUUACUCAAGAAAGGGACCAAGUCGUCCAGCAAUGCAAUCAACGAAGGGGGCCUCUGUGCUUAUGGCGAAGGAAAGGACUCCUGCCAGGGAGACUCUGGGGGCCCUCUUGUCUGUGAAUUCAACAAUAUAUGGAUGCAGUUCGGUGUUGUGAGCUGGGGCAUUGGCUGUGGCAGAAAAACUCCAGGAGUCUAUUCAGAUGUCCGUUUCUAUAGGGACUGGAUUCUGAGACAGCUCAGUCGGUCCCCAUGCAGAGACACAGCAGGCCUCCUCAUUCCAUGCCUGUGUCUGCUGCUGCACCUGGCAUUCUGGUGACUCUUGUCACCCUGCCUGCUCCCCCCUGGUUCUGUGUCUCUCCCAGCUCUCUCCUCUGACCUCCUUUUCUUCUGCUGUCCUGUGUUCAAGUUCUGCUUUGAUUUACUGCCUCUGGAGAACCCACAAUGGACCAAAGCAGGGAGUUGGGGCCUGCUAAAGGUCCUGGCCCCAUGUGCUGGUCACCUGCUUCUGCCAUUUGUACUGCAGGCUGAGCUGUGCCUAAGGGAAGGGGGUGAGGCCUGGCCAAAGGCCCAGCAUCUUUCCAGGAGGAGCCUGAUGACACCCAGACAUCUUGGAGAACAUCUGUAAGCAGAGACGUCCCCAGCCGUGGAGCCAGCCCUAGCCCUGGCCUAGUGUCAGGCUGUGCCCUGAGCCUGUGUGAGGCCGGCAAGCUGGGUGACUGAUGAAUGUCACCAAGUCCUUGCACAAGUGCCAGACUGGGACUUCAACAUGGUGUCCAGGCUAGCAGAAGUCCCCUGUACCCUUGUGUGGGUCCUUCUAUUGGUGGACAGCCUCAUGCACACUUCUGAUUUUUGUGGUUGCAACCAGUGACACCCCAGGUUGUGUGGAGGCUGUUCUGGAGUGUGGAGAUUUCAGAGUGCACUGAAUAAAUGUUUGUAUAAUGUUC